UUUGGGUUUCUGUCUUGCAGGAUGUUUGAUCCCUUAGUAUACGGAGAUUAUCCACCAGAAAUGCGUCAAUAUCUUGGAACUGAAUUGCCUAGUUUCUCCCAUGAAGAAACUAAGUUGAUCAAAGGCAGUACAGAUUUCAUUGGCAUCAACCAUUACUCAACUCUAUAUGCCAAGGACUGCAUCCAUUCUGCUUGCAGUUCAGGCAGCAAUCAUGCAAUCAAAGGCUUUGUGUACACCACCGGAGAACGAGAUGGAAUUCCAAUAGGAGAACCAAGUGGAAAUCCAGAAUUCUUUGUUGUUCCAGAAGGCAUGGAGAAACUCAUUAACUAUGUUAAGGAAAGAUAUAAAAACAUGCCCAUCUAUGUGACAGAAAACGGGUAUGCACCACCAAGGGAACAGAGUAAACAAGUUGAAGAUUUGCUUCAGGAUGUCAAGAGAAUUGAGUACCAUAAAGGCUACCUUGCUGCUUUGGCUAGAGCAAUAAAGUGAGUAUCUGAUCAAAUUAUUCUCCUAAAU